UCUGAUGUUGGUAGUCUUUACGUGAAAAAACCCGCCUAUACAUUUCUUUUAAAGAUUGGUAAUUUUUUUGCGGUGUUUUUUAUUAGUUUUUCAUAGAAUUGUGGUGCUCAAAUUAAAACAGUGCAGUAAAUAAAUUACUAAAAUGCAUUACGUACAGAAGUUUAUGGAAAAAUUACCAAUCAUUAAAACAAAUGCGAAAACACCUGCUGGCUCGAAGUCGAAUAUUCUACUAUAUUGUAAUUAUUAUAGCUUUUAUUCCCAAAAGGUUUUGAUGGCUCUUUACGAAAAAAAUAUAGAUUUUGAGCCUUUAGAGGUCGACAUUACUAAAGGCGAACAGUAUUCAUCCUGGUUCCUGGAAAUAAACCCUCGGGGUGAAAUUCCUGUGCUUAAAGUGAAGAAUGAGACCAUACCGGAUUCCACUCGAAUUUUAGAUUAUUUAGAGCUAUAUUUAGAUCCAGAGCUUCCAUCGCUGAUUAAUGUCUCAACCGACAAAAAAGUUUUAGAUAGCAUUAACAAAUUUCGGGACAUAAUUGAAGCAUUACCAGCAGGAGUUAUAACUGUGGGGUCAUUCUUUCAUCCACAUCUAUGUGGGAGUCCUAAAUUACCAUUUGUGUUACCUGUUAGAGAAGUGCUGAAGACUGGAGAUUUGGGCAGUUCGAAAAAUUUGAGAAAACUAGCAGAGGAAAAUCCUAAUGCCAAGGGCAUAUUAUUAUACAAAGCAGAAAUACAAGACAGAAAACAUGAAAUAUUAUCUAAUGAAGAUGAAUAUUUAAAAGUGUUAAAUAUUGUUGAUGAAGUACUGUCUCAUGUUGAGGAGCAAUUAAGGAAGCAGAGUGAAGGUAACUGGUUGUGCUGUGAAACAUUUACUAUAGCUGAUAUUAAUUUGGCUAUACUACUUCAAAGAUUGUGGGAACUUGGACUAGAAGGCAGAUAUUGGGCAGGUGGCAAACGUCCAUUAUUAGAAAAGUAUUAUGAAAGAGUCAAACAAAGAGAUUCAUUCAAACGAACCAUUCCUAAUCUCCCAUUCCAUAUAAAAAUGAUCAUCAUGUCUCAACCUCCUAUGUAUGUUGGAGCUGCAGGUGUUGCUUCAAUUGGUGUAGUUGCAGGUCUAUUUUACAUAUUUAAGAGAUUGGUAUUUUAACAAUCAUAAUAAUUCAUUCAUCAUAAAUAACAUGUAAUAAAUAUAGAAAAAAUAGCUUAGUAGGGAGAAAAUGUGUUAGUUUAAAAUGUGGUUCACACAAUCUUACAAUACAAUUUGUACAAAAUAAUGGACAAAUAACAUAUUUUUAACUGUUGUAGAAAUAUUGUAAAAACAAUUUUUAAAUCAACUACAAUUUUGAUUGUAUAAAUAAUAAUAAUUAAAUAUUUACUAUUUAUUGUAUCCAUAUUUCUCAGACCAUAAAGUUAAACAUAAGAACCCAACCCUUUACUAAGUAAACUUUAUAUUAAAAUACACAAUUCACCAUCUGGGUCAUUUCAAACUGUAUUCUUAGACUAAUGCACCAUAAGAAUUAUUUAUUAAAAACCCUCAUAAACAAAAUAAAUAAAUUAUACUUAUGAAGAAAUUCACACAUUAUCUUGAUUCUUCCUUUGAAGUAUCUGGAA